AGAUAUUUUCUCUAUAUACCAUAUAUACAAAUCAGACGUUAAAUAUUUAACAAUUACAACAUUACAACAAUAUUAAAAUUUGUCGUGUAUUUAUAGAUACGAAUAAUAAUGGAGACUAAAUCGGUGCUGCCCCAAAUACUUGAUUUCUUGAGCCGCCAGCCAAGCCUCAGCGCCGAUGUGGAUCAAAUGUGCAAAGCCCUCAAAAACGUAUUGUUGGCCAAGCACAUCGCUGCAUUCGGGAGCACUGAGAAAGCCGUGCACUUUGCAAUAGACUUGGGCGUAAAUCUGGGCAUCUUCUCGGUGACGGAAGAGAAGCUACCUUUUCUUCCGUUCAAAUUGGGCAGGAGCAACCCCGUGGACAAGAAGACCCCAACAUCUACUCUCUACAAGAACAUACAAGUGACGCUGGCCAAAUCUAAGCCCCGGGCGAAGGCGACCAAAGCGAAACCACGCGCAAAGGCGACCAAAGCCAAGCUACUGGCGAGGGCGUGCCAAGCCAAAGCCAAAGCCCGGGCGAAGGCGUCAAAAGCCAAACCCAAGCCCCGGGGUGCCGCCAAAGGCAAGCAGGGGGCCGGGCGACAAAUGAGUUAACUAGGCGAUGUCAACUGCUAUGGCACACACUUGGACUAAUUACCAGGGCAUGGGCACGGGCACUCACUCACUCACUCGCGGAUACACCUGUCCUGGUCAGCGUCGCAAUUUCUAUUUGAUUUGGUUGGAGUUAGAGGCAGCGACAGCGGCAGCGGCAACAAAAUUUUAGCAUGAAAAUGAAUUAUUCAGGGGGCUGGCUGGCGAUUGGCGGUGGCGAUUCUGGCGCAGUCAUUAUGAAAUCGGGUAUGCUUAGUAUUUGGUAUGGAUAUGGGUAAUUACAUAUGCGCCUUUUGAUGGCCACCCGGCCGGCGUCCUCCCCGCGAACCGAAUGCAUAUAAAGAAUACAGCAACUGCAGCCCUAGUUUCAGUCUGUCUGCGGACCAAGUCGGAGCUAUACGUGCACACCAAAAGGAUAUACACCCAACCAUCCACGCCACACGAUAUACAUCCUGCCGUUGAUCCUUUGUCCACACAACUGAGCUCACAAAGGUUACGCGAUAGCAAGUGCACCGAAAGUGAUAAAAGAGUUAUAUCUAAGGAGCGCUUCGUAUUGGACAGUGAUAGUGCAGUGCUGAAGUCUAUUCGACAAUUCGAACCGAUCGUUCCACUAAAGUGAUAUAAGAAAUGUGAGUCAAGUGCAAAGACAAUGGAAAGUGGCGUGUUCAGACAGUCGACCUAAUUUUUUGCCAUAGUUCCCAUCCACUGAGUGUUUCCACUGAAAAAGUUCUUGAAAUAUCGAAUAUAUUCUGAGCAUAAAUGAUCAGUUUUAAGGACUUUGCAGAAAUGAAUGGUGUUGGGAAUUUGUCAGGUCUCUUAAUCAAUCUCAAACUUACGGAAAUAAUGACAAUAAAUGCUAAGAACCGAUGCUUAA